GACGGGGCUCUCCGUGAACAGGAGCCGCUUGAAGCUUUUUCUCCCGCAGUUUGUGUGGAAGUUUAGAUCAAAGUUUGUGUCUCGGGUCUGAUUCAGUUUACGUUGAGUUUCGUUUAAUUCAGUUUAACUGUACUAGGCGACAAGCCCUCAAACCAUAUCACUGCCUCCUGUUGUCAGGGAUUCCAAAAAGUCAUCGAACGUGAUAUUUGUCUGGUUAUUAAGUACAACCGGGUCUCAACCUGUGGAAACCGAAAACCAGCUUUGCUGUUUCACACCAGCAACUUGAAAUUCUGUGUUGAUCCGAGCAAUAGUAUCGUGAAGAAAAUUAAAAACUUCAUCGACAUCAAAGGAAAAUGCAAGAGAAGAGCAAAGAUGCCUUCGGCAAGAGCGAGAGUGGGAUCUCCACCCGUUGGAGGGUCAACCUCAACUGAGAAGAACCACGUAACCAAGGAAACGGCCGCCAAGAUCGCACGCUCCAUUGCUCCCACCACCACUGACCUUCCCAACAUGGCCGUUCAUUCCAUUGCUCCCACCACCACUGACCUUCCCAACAUGGCCGUUCAUUCCAUUGCUCCCACCACCACUGACCUUCCCAACAUGGCCGUUCAUUCUAUUGCUCCCACCACCACUGACCUUCCCAACAUGGUGGGUCAUUCCAUUGCUCCUACCACCACUGACCUUCCCAACAUGGUGAGUCAUUCCAUUGCUCCUACCACCACUGACCUUCCCAACAUGGUUGGUCAUUCCAUUGAUCUUUCCACCACUGACCUUCUCAAUAUGGCCAUUGUUGAUCAGCCCACUACUGACCUUCCCAACAUGGCCGUUCAUUCCAUUGCUCCCACCACCACUGACCUUCCCAACAUGGUGGGUCAUUCCAUUGCUCCCACCACCACUGACCUUCCCAAGAUGGUUGGUCAUUCCAUUGAUCUUUCCACCACUGACCUUCCCAACAUGGUGGGUCAUUCCAUUGCUCCCACCACCACUGACCUUCCCAACAUGGUUGGUCAUUCCAUUGCUCCCACCACCACUGACCUUCCCAACAUGGUUGGUCAUUCCAUUGAUCUUUCCACCACUGACCUUCUCAAUAUGGCCAUUGUUGAUCAGCCCACUACUGACCUUCCCAGCAUGGCCAUUCAUUCCAUUGCUCCCACCACCACUGACCUUCCCAACAUGGUGGGUCAUUCCAUUGCUCCCACCACCACUGACCUUCCCAAGAUGGUUGGUCAUUCCAUUGCUCCCACCACCACUGACCUUCCCAACAUGGUUGGUCAUUCCAUUGACCUUUCCACCACUGACCUUCUCAAUAUGGCCAUUGUUGAUCAGCCCACUACUGACCUUCCCAACAUGGCCGUUCAUUCCAUUGCUCCCACCACCACUGACCUUCCCAACAUGGUGGGUCAUUCCAUUGCUCCCACCACCACUGACCUUCCCAAGAUGGUUGGUCAUUCCAUUGCUCCCACCACGGCUGACCUUCCCAACAUGGCCGUUCACUCCAUUGCUCACACCACCACUGACCUUCCCAACAUGGCCGUUCAUUCCAUUGCUCCUACCACCCCUGACCUUCCCAACAUAGCUGGCCAUUCCACUCAAGAUCCUCGUGCAACAGCCCUUCCAAGCGUGGCGGGCCAUUCAACCACUGCCCUUCCCAAGAUGGCUGCCCACUCAACAGACGUGCCUUCGUCCGUGGAUCAGGAGAAGGGAGAAAGUCCUGGAAAAUCAGGAGGUAGGGGUGAGCGGCCCACCGUCACGCCGGCCCCCCAUCGGCAGGAUCCCCAUGUCGACAAGCCCUCGGCCACCGGCCCGACGAUCGGCAACUACCUGGCAGCAAUGGCGGCGGUAAUGUGCGGAGCGAUCGUGGCGGUCCUGGUGUACUCCAAGUUACGCAGGAGAGGAUACAGGGGAGAGGUCAAGGCCAUCGAGAAUGAAGCACCCGCAGAAUCCAUCCCCUUGGUUUGAUGUUCGCUCUGGGAGAUUCCCACUAGCCGGAUGGAGAUCGGGACCGCUAAACUCACAAGCAGCGAGUGGCAACGUUGAAUGGUGGGCGCGGGGCACGGUUUACUGUCGGGUUGCGUGUUACAAUGUGGUUCCCCCACCUUACUGCCAUUCCCUCCCCUCCCCCUCCCCCUCCCACUCCCCCUGGGAAUGCGAGUGUUUAGACACAAAGUUCACACGUUGUAGAACAAGCAGAAUUAGGCCAUUCGGCCCAUCGAGUCUACUCUGCCAUACUCGAUCCUGGCUGAUCUAACUCUCCCUCCUAACCCCACUCUCCCCGUAACCCCUGACACCCGCACUAAUCAAGAAUCUAUCAAUCUGUGCCUUAAAAAUAUCCACUUACCUGGCCUCCACAGCCGUCUGUGGCAAAGAAUCACACAGAUUCUACAUAGCUUUAGUGUCCACAAGUGAUAGGAGCAGCACUAGGCCAUUC